UGCUCACAGUAAACACGAAAUAACUUUAUUGACGAGGCAUUUAGAUAUCUUUCAGAAAAAAAUCAACGAUUGCAAUAUGAAUACAAGGGAAAAUGUGCUGGCUCCAUUGAAGGAAAAGGUCGAACAAGUAGCCGAUGACUUGUCGGCAUUCGAUCCUGCUUCUACAACUUUGCUGAAAGAAAUCGAGGCAAAGGGAGAGAAUAUAAAGAACCACACGGAUACUCUCAUAGCUGAGUUCAAGACAAAAUGUAGCCAAAUCAGAGCAUCGAAUCGCCAGAUGUUGGAACAGUACCAGAGUGCGCUGCUGACCAAGAUCUCGGAAAUUGAGGCUGACAUUUCUGCACUUGACAAUUGUCUUACAGGUGAAUGCAAGGAGGAUAUUGUCAAUGCUGCCAAAACAGGAAUAUUGAAGACGUACCCAUGUUUGGAGUAUCCGAACGGGAUCCAGGACGUAUCAUUCAAAGGAAGCGAGACUCCUGUAAAAGACGUCGUAAAGCUUAUUGGGAAAGUUCAGAUUGGAAAUGAGUGUACUAGGGAAGAACCAGAUGAUGAGAAAAUCAAACGAUUGGAAGCGCAAAUUACAGACCUCACACAAGAGAUAAAAAGAGAUCAAACACUGAUACAGAAAUUGCAGGAAGAAAUGAGGCGCUCUGCAGACCAUGAGGAGGAAUAUAAAACCCGAAUACAGACGUUACAGAGAGAAACAAAAGCCACAGCAGCGCAGAAGGACACCGACAAGGCUCGUAUACAGACAUUGCAGGCAAACAAUAACGGACUAGCAGGGGAACUGCGAGACCAAAAAAGAGUUUCAGAGAAACAGAGAGAGGAACUGGAACAGAAAAUACAAGAACAACUGGAGAAUCGGAUACCGUGUUCAGGGUGUGGUGGACCAAAGGGGCGUUGUAGAUGUACAACAUGUCCGAGUUGUUCCUACAAAGGAACUGAUUUCCAAACUGUAAGUAUAUUAGUUACUGUCUAUUUAUGCUGUAUUUAAUGCCAACAUUGUUGUUAUAGGU